AUCACUUGACUGGCGACUGUUGAGAAUAGUCAUAACAGAAAAAAAUGUUUUCUAAGGUACUGUGUUUUUUUGCCGUCGUCGCUGUCGCCGUAGCCCAAUACGGCUACGGGCACGGAGCGGCAUACUCGUCACAACACAUCUCUCGUCAUGACGGACAUCCCGAAAUCGUCAAUGUUCACAGUCAUCAUGUAGACUACCACACACAUCCUAAGUACACGUUCGACUACAAAGUAGAGGAUCACCAUACGGGUGACAUGAAGUAUCAACACGAGAGUCGCGACGGUGACGUGGUGAAGGGCGUGUACUCGCUGCACCAACCAGACGGCUCCGAGAGAACUGUGCACUACCACGGUGACCACCACACUGGAUUCCACGCUGAUGUAAAAUACGAUACGCAUCAUGUCGUCCCUAAGCAUUUUUACUAAACCAGUGUAUAUUUAUCAAUAAACUAUGUAGUUAUUGAAUCGUUUUGAUUUUAUUUUAAGCUUUCUUUACUCUACCAUAUCAUAACAAAUGUCUG